UUUUGUUGGGUCUUUUUUUAAUUUUUACAAAAAAUAAACAUUUCCAACAAAUAUUAAAUAAAAAUAUAACUAUAAAAAUGGAAAAUAAAACUCAAACACUCUGUAGAAUAUGUUUCGAUCUUGGACAUUUCAGUCUCAAUGGCUAUGAAAUCAAUAUACAAGGAAAAAACUUAUCAAUCGAAGAAAUGAUCAAACGAUUUUCAGAUAUUGAAUUCACAGACGAACAUGUCCCAGAAUUAAUAUGCGAAACAUGCACACAAGAUUUGGUUCAAAGUUAUUUAUUUUCCGAAAAAGUCUUGGAAUCGGAUGCAAAAAUCAUGAAUCUUGCACAAUUACAAGAACAAGAGAAACUUGUUGUUUAUGAAGAUGAACUACAAUCAGAACAAGAUGACGACGACGAAGUUGUCAGUCAAGAUAUGGAAAUUGAAAACUUUGAAGAGCAAAAUAUGGAAAUACAAGAAAUUAAAGAUAUUCAAACGAUAGAGGAGCAGGUUAUAACUGAAGAAGAAGAAGAACACAAUGAUUUAAUAGAAGAGAUUCACGAAUCGAAUCCUCCUGAAGACCUUUACACAGAAUCUGAGGUUGCAGGAGGCAAUGAUCAUGAAGAAAUUAUAUGUCUUGAAGAAGUGGAAGAAACAGUUUCGUCAUCACUUCAAAUUGAUCCAUCCGAAGAAGAUGUAUCAAAUAUACCCUUGAACUAUGAUUCAUUUCCAAAUCCAGAAAAAGAAGACGAACCAAUUGAACCUCGUAAAAAAUACCAAAGACGUAACAAAACUGAUAAUGAAAUUGAUAAAAAUGGUUCAUUUGUUAUCACUCAAUUUGCGUGUUCGACAACUGCCCCUGGAACUCAUAUUAACACAAAUAACGAUGACACUGAUGAAGUGGCUGUAAGUGAUGUUAGAAUAAUGAAUUAUGAAACUGUCGAAGUCAAAGCAGGUAAUAUAGACAUAUUUAAUCAAAUUUCACAAAGCGAACUACCAAUUGAUGAUAGUCGAGUUUAUUUGUGUCAAUAUUGUCCGAGAGCUUUUUCUACGUCGGCUUUUCUUAUUGCGCAUGUUAGGAAGACACAUGGAUGUAAGUUUUGUGCGAGUGUUUUUGAAAAAGCAAAAGAUCUAUUUGCACAUAUUCGGGAGGCUCACGCGAAAUUUGAAUGUGUUGUGUGUGGUAAAGAGUUUACUAGCAAUAGUAAUAUGCGAAAUCAUUUGAAAAAUGUGCACAAAGUUAAGGUACCUGCUAAUGUAUCAUUGUUAUCGUAUAAAAAGAAUAGUGAAGUGGAAGAGGAAAUUUAAAAAGACUUUUCAUAGGAGUUUUUAGUAAAUAAAAUAAUUGUUUUUAUAUAUACUCGUAGUUUAAGAUUUAUUUAAGAAAAAAAUAAAAUAAAAUAUGUAAAUUAGUUAAAUCUAUAUUGAGUAGGUUAUUCCUUAUGUGGAAUUCUAGUUCAAUUUGGUAUAAAAAAGGGACUUUUUCGUAUUUAAGUUCUUAUUAGAAGCCUUAUUUUCUAGUUUAUGUAUAAAAAUAAAAUAAAAUGGUAUAUAAACUCGUACUGAAUAAGAAAAUUUUAUUGGUUUAUAUAUUUUCGUUGGAGUUGGGGCUUCUACAAUUCUCGGAUAUGGAUGGUUCUAUGAAGAAUUUGAUUUUAUUGUAUUCCAGUUGUGGCCGUAAUUAUUUAAACUUCAAACAUUUAAGAGCUGUUUGCUGAAUCGAAACUUAAGCAUUUAAGUUCAACAUAAACUCUUAUGUGACAGUUUACGCACAGAAAAAAGUAGAGAAUAAGAGUUUAUGUUCAACAUAAAUUAUUUAAGUUUCGAUUCAGCAAAUGGCCCAAGUCCCUUAAGUAGUUUCGAAUCAAGGUCUGGCCAAAUAUGUUUGUCGUCUAGUAGAGCAUGAUUUAAAA